AUGGCCCCCGCGGCUGCCCGGCCCCGCACCGCCCUGGCCCUGGCCCUGCUGCUGGCGCUCGGCGCCCUCGCAUCCGAGUGGCCCCCCCAAAACACCACCGAGGCCAAGGGGAGAGACUGGGAGGGCUCCCUGGAGAGCAGCCCCCCGCAGUGGGACCCGGCGAGCAGAGACCCCCCGGGGGGGCCCAGCAAUGGCACCAGCCCCGGGGGGGCCAUGGCGGAUGGCGAGCCCCCGGCAGGACCCCACCUAGAGCCCCCCAGGGGGGGCACGGCCACCACCACGGACCCGGCGGCGAUGCCGGAGGGGUGCACGGGGUGCGGGGAGGGCGAUGCCAGCGCUCUGCCCCCCAAAGCCGGCUCGGCGGAGGAUGGCCAGGCGGCUGUGACCUGGCCCGGUGACGGGGGGACGGUGGCGGUGGCACUCGGCAGCCCCGAGGAGCCGGGGAGCGGCGAGCGGCCCACACGAGCCUCCCUGCCCAGCCCGGGGGUUUUUGGGGGGCUCACGGCCGCCCCGCCGAGCCCCCCUGGCCCGCAGCUCGCCACCGACUCGGACAAAUCCGACUUGCUGCUGGUGGCCGGGGGCUCGGCCGCGCCGCGGACCCCCGUGCUGGGUGACCCCAGCCCCGUGCCAGGCACCGCGGGGGACUUGGGGCGUCCCCCGGAGCUCUGGGUGGCCACAUCCAGCCCGGCCCCGGCACAGGGGGCUCGUGGCCGGACGGAUCUGACCUGGCUGGAGGUGGAGGAGCCCGUCACCGCUGCCCCGGGCCCGGCCGAGCCGCCGGCUGACCGGACGGCCUCAGAGAUCAUCGACGUUGACUACUAUGACCUGUUUGAGGGGGGCGAGGGACUGGGGGGCUUCCCCGGGGGUGGCCGGGGGGCGGCCGGCUCGGCGCGGCAGCGGGAGCCGGAGGGGGUGGCCACGCCGUGGGCCCUCCACGAGCUCUACGACGACUUCACGCCCUUCGACGAAGCCGAUUUCUACCCCACCACCUCCUUCUAUGCCGACGGGGACGAGGAGGACGAGCUGGAGGAGGAUGAGGAGGAAGAGGAGGAGGAGGAAGACGGGGGGCUGGAGGACGAGAACGGCUACCGGCCGCCCGCCUCGGCCGUGCCCGGUGCCAAGCCAGCGCCGCGGGACCCCCAACCCACCGGCCGCCGUGCCGUGGCCCCGCCGCAGCCCUCCGGCGUCGCGGGAGGCAGCCCCACGGCGUGGCCGCGGCCGGGGGAGCGGGGCCAGCCGGAGAACGGCACUGAGUGCCGGAGCGGUUACGUGCGGCACAACAGCUCCUGCCGCUCCGUCUGCGACCUCGUCCCCAGCUACUGCCACAACGGCGGCCAGUGCUACCUGGUGGAGAGCCACGGGGCCUUCUGCCGGUGCAACACGCAGGACUACACGUGGCACAAGGGCACGCGCUGCGAGGCCAUCGUCACCGACUUCCAAGUGAUGUGCGUGGCCGUGGGCUCGGCCGCCCUCGUGGUGCUGCUGCUCUUCAUGCUCACCGUCUUCUUCGCCAAGAAGCUCUACCUGCUCAAGACGGAGAACAGCAAACUGCGCAAGACCAAAUACCGCACCCCGUCCGAGCUGCACAACGACAACUUCUCCCUCUCCACCAUCGCCGAGGGCUCCCACCCAAACGAUGACCCCAGCGCUCCCCACAAGCUGCAGGACUCCCUGAAAUCCUGCCUGAAGGACGAGGAGCCAUUUAACAUCCACAACUCGACGUCGCCCAAGCACGACGGCGGCAAAGGGGAGCAGGACGGCGGCGAGCUCAACUGUCUGCAGAACAACCUGACGUGAGCAGGGGAGGAGGAGGAGGCGAGAGCGGGAGCCAGCCCUCCCAUCCCCUGCUGUACAAAUCUCCUGUCUCCUCCCCGUCUGGUAUCUCUUUUUCCCGCUCCGUGGCAUGCUUUGGUGUGUUUUGUACAGAGGAAAACAAAAAUUAAUUAAUAAUAAUACAAAGCCAAAGGCUGUAAAUGGUCUUCGGCCGCAUCGUGUCGUGGGGGUGUUUGGUUUGUGCUCCGUGUCUAUCGCUUGGGUUAGUUCAGCGCUGUGAUUUCUAAACCUUUGCCGUUCCGCAACUGACUUUUUUUGUACUUUUACCCCACUUUUUUUGAAAUACAAGUAAAAACAACAACAAAA